AUGUUGAUGCCGCGGUCGUCGCAGGAAGAGAAGGGGGACGGCGCCGUCUCGUCCAUCAUCUCCAGGCUGAUGGCCAAGGGCGGCUCCCUCCUCACCGCCGACGAUCUGCAGAGGCUGCGGCGGCUCGAGGUCGCAGCGGCGGAGAUAGAGGAGCUGGUGGCCGAGCACAAGUCGCUCGCGGUCGCCCUUCGCCCCCACACGAGCAGCCUGGACACCCUCAAGCCUACGCUCUCGCAAGCCGAGGACGUGCUGGACGACGUCGUGGAGCGCCAGCGGCGGAUCGUGGAUCUCCCGGCUGACACCAAUCCCUUCUUCGAGCCGAGCUGGGCGGGGAAGAAGCUCCACACCGUGCUCUCCACCGUCUUCCACGCGGGACAUGCCCACUCCGCCGCGCCGGAGUUGAAGAAUCUGGCGAAGAAAGUUCACAAGGUGCAGGGCUUCAUAGAGGAGGCAGACAAGCACUUCACCACCAGCUUCCCGCCCGACCUGAAAAGUGCUCCGCCCAAGGUGAUCGGCCGUGACGCGGAGUGCAGGAAGAUCGUGGCCGCGCUUCACCUCGUGGACGGGAACGAGGACGAGGACGACGGCCGGCCUUACUCCGUGUUGGGCAUCCAUGGCGCCGCCGGGUCCGGGAAGACGACCCUCGCCCAGUGCGCCUACGCCCGCGCGCAAGCAGCGGACGAGGACCGCUCCGGCUCCUUCGACAUCUCCAUGUGGGUCCACGUCGGCCGUCGCUUCACCCAGCACAAGAUCUUCCACGACAUGCUGGAGGCGGCCACGGGGCGACCGCCGUCCUCUGCUCUCGUCGACCGCGACAGCGACGACACCGUCGCCCUGCUCCAGGACGAGCUGCGCGGGAAGCGGAUCCUCCUGGUGCUCGACGACGUCCACUCCAACGGCAACGACACGGACUUGAAGCAGAUCCUCUCGCCGCUCGACGUGGUGGGAGCCGGCAGCAAGGUCCUCGUCACCGCCCGCUCCGUCGACGCGUUGCUGGUUCUCGGUGCCGACAUAUCCAGCUGCCUCGCGAUCCGCGACCUCGACGACGACGUGUUUGCUCGCCUGUUCAUGCACUACGCGCUUGCGGAUGAUGGCGUAGACGAACGGGACCGGGGUAUACUCGAGUUCAUCGGGGCCGGUAUCGCCGCCAAGCUCAAGAGCUCGCCCCUCGCGGCCGAACUGGUGGGAACGGAGCUGCGCGCCAGGCCGCAGAUUGACGUGUGGAAAAACUUCCGUGACACAAUCUCCGCCGCUUAA